AUGAAGCUCAGAAUGAACCAGGUGUACAAUUUGGUCCUCAUUUUGACCCUGGCACAUCUAUCGUCAUCUUUGCUGUUGGGAGCCUUCAACAUAAAGUCUUUUGGUGACAAGAAAGCCUCCAACACAACCUUGAUGGAGCUCAUCAGUAAGAUUGUCCACCGCUAUGACAUCAUUUUGAUCCAGGAGGUCCGAGACAAGGACCUCUCAGCCACCAAGAAACUCAUGCAGCAUGUCAACAAAGGUACUCCACAAUUUAGGUACAAGCAUAUCGUCAGUGAACCCUUGGGUCGUAGUUCCUACAAGGAACGAUAUCUUUUCCUAUACAGGGAGGAGACAGUUUCAGUGGCCAAAAGCUAUACUUAUGAUGACGGUUGUGAGCCCUGUGGGACAGAUACUUUCAUGAGAGAGCCCUUUGUUGUCAUGUUCUCCUCCAAUGGCACUGUUGUUAGGAACUUUGUUCUGAUCCCACAACACACUUCGCCAGACUAUGCCUUGCAUGAAGUAGACGAACUGUAUGACGUGGUGAUUGAUGUCCGGGCAAGAUGGAACACUAACGACAUCAUUCUUCUGGGGGACUUCAAUACCGAUUGCAGUUAUGUCACAGGCUCAGAGUGGAUGCAGAUCCGCCUCUUUACAGACAAGAGUUUCCAUUGGUUGAUCCGAAAUGAGGCCGACACCACAGUGUCACACACUGACUGUGCUUAUGACAGGAUUGUGGUGACUGAUGACAUGAUAAAGGGGGUCUCAGACCAGAGUGCUAAGGUUUAUGACUUCAUGGUGGAUCUGAAUCUCAGCUUCAGUUUGGCAAUGGCUGUCAGUGACCAUUUUCCUGUCGAGGUGAAGCUUAUUGUUUGA